AUGGCGCCGCAUUUCUUCCAACGUCUUCGGCGAAAACCGAAGGACACCUCGACAGACCCCCGCAGCACGGCGCUGAGCCAUAUCGGCGUCGAUUAUGACACUUGCAGAGCAGAUGGAUCCCUUCGCGACUCGUCGUCGAUGCCCAUUCCCCCACCGCGACGCCCGUUGACGCCCCCGCCAGACUCGUCGUCGUCAACCUCCGAUCUUCUCCAUGUCGAUCCCCAGAGCGAAAGUCUGUUCUUUACGCGUCUAUCCCCGUCGAUCCGGAACCGGAUCUACACUGAGCUGCUAGGGGAUCGGUCAGUACAUCUGGAGUAUGAUUAUGGGUAUGCGCCGGGGUAUCGUCAGCGGGACAAGAGACCCCCAGAUCAAUGGCGGUGGUGGCAUCGGGUGUGCGACGAAGACGACUCACAACCGGGAGAUUUAUGUCGAGGGGUUGAUUUGGAGGACAGGAAGCGGGUAGGAAGAAAGGAAUUAGACAAGCACAAGCUGAAAGGCGUGCAUUGGUUGCGGACAUGUCGACUAGGAUACCAAGAAGCUCUCCCUGUUCUAUACGCCUCGAAUACCUUUUUGAUAUCCUCCUCGGUCAAACUAUGCAGAUUACCUAAGUUGAUAGUCCCCUCACACCUCUCAGCCAUCACAUCUCUUAAUCUCCUCCACAUCACCAAAACCAAUACCCCCUCCACCAUGACCGACGAAACAUGGGCCACAUACAAUACCAUCUUCCGCACCCUGCGUCUAGCGUAUAUCGGACUCCACCGUCUCCGUUUGACCAUCCACAUUCUAAAUAAAUCCUGCACGCCUCGAGCCGGGACCGUUCCCGAAGAACUGGAGGAAGCAUGGUUCCGACCCUGGCACGAGCUGGCAUCGAGUCGACCAUGGGAGAAAUUAGAGAUUGGAAUCCAGGCAAGCUGGUUUGAGGACUUUGCCGGUGCCGCGAGACGGUACGAGAAGAGACAUGGUCGGUCAGACGAUGCGGGAUAUUCAUUAGUUCAAGUGGAGGACUUUACAACGUGGGAUGGGAAACUGUCGGAGGUUUGGAAUGCUGACUAUUUGUAG